UGUACCCCUCUGAGCUGCAGAGGUAGUGCAGUAACUACAGCCAGGUACACGAGCGUCCUGCUCUCUUACUAUUCACUCUACGCGGCCUUACUAGUGCAGAAUCAAAAUAGCGUAAUUUUAGCACCAAACCGCAGCCAUGGCGGCUGAAACCGACAAGAUAGAGCCCGCGGACAGCGAGCAAGACGAAGGGGAAGAUGUGUACGAAGUGGAGAGGAUCAUCGACAUGCGGGUGGAAGAGGGUGAAGUGCUCUACAGAGUGCGGUGGAAGAAUUACUGCUCUGACGAUGACACUUGGGAGCCAGAAGCCCAUUUGGAGGAUUGUGGGGAGGUCCUCUUGACUUUUAAGAAGAACAUGGCUGAAGUUAAGGCCAAAAAAGAAGCAGAGGCAAAGAAGAGUGUGCAAAAACCACUGCCAACAAAGAGUGAUGUCUUUGAUGCUGACUCAGAAAGUGACAGCGACAAAGAUCGUCCCAACGUGGCACCAAUCAAGAAAAAGAAGAAGGCGAAGCUCAAGGAAGCAGAAGAGGAAGAUGAAGAAGAGGAGCCACUUCCAAAAGAUAAAAAGAAGAAAAAGAAAAAAGACAAACGAAAGGAGGAUUUCAGGCCUCUUCCUGCACCAGAGACUGAUGAAGAGGAUGAGAGAGCCCAGACCCCACCCCCUCCUCCCAAGGAGAAAAAGACUGAAUCAAAGAAGCGAUUGGUUGACUCUGAUGAUGAGGACAUUGAACCCACUCCUGUAAAAAAACACAAGAAGGAAAAAGUAAAGGAAGGAGGGAAGCACAAGAAGGAUAAGCCAGAGGAUGGCAAGAAAAAGAAGGGGAAGAAGGACAGGAAGAUUGAAUCCUCAGAAGACGAAGCUACUGCACCUAUAGAGGAGGAUCUGAGUGACGGCCCAUCUGAGACUCAGGCCAGUGAUAGUGCUCCCACGGAAAAAGCAGCAAAAUCAGCUGAAAAGGCUCGUUUGGAGGAAAAGGUCAAGCAAAAGAAGGGGAAGUGGGAAGUGAAGUUGCAGGGAAUAAAGGACUUCAUCCAUGACAAAAAGAGCAAAAAGACAGAUACUCCACUAAAAGAAAGCAGCCUCCAAAAACUAAAGAAUCUCACUUCAAAGAGCAAGGAUGAGACAGCCCCACUGUCCGACUCCAGUGAUAGCUCCACUUUACACAGGAAAGCUAAGAGCAAAGGGCAGGAGAGCACACCUGCACCUCCUAAAGUCCCUUCUUCCUCCACAUCCUCCUCAUCGUCCUCAUCCUCCGUCACAGCAGCUAGCAGCACAAAGGGUAAGGAGGAAGAGACAGCUAAAGAGGAGGUUUUGGGACAGAAGGAUACAACAGGCUCCACUAACCUGUUUGAGAAGUUCCUGUUAAACUGCGAGGCCAAGGACCGAGCCCCACGCAGGCAGCCAGUGCAUCAACCAACCCCAGAGAAGGGCCUCAGCAAACCCACAAAGCAGAUAAUCGGAAAGAUUGAGAAGAUCUCCAAACCAACCAAAGAGUCUCCAGCUCAGAAACCAGAGCCUGAGAAGACAGAGAAGCCCAAGCAAUCAGAGGCCCCCAAAUCUGGCCACAGUCACGGCUUCAACCUGGACAGUGAUGAGAGGGAGGAUGAGCCUACACCAAAGCCAAGAUUUGGAGAAGAUUCCCGGGAGAGGAGAGAAAGGCAAGAGGAGGCACAGCGACCCAGCUGGGAGAGGAGAACAUCAGCAGACGACAGGCGGAAGAGGAGAGAGGACAGUGAGCCAAGACUCUUCAUGGCAUGUGAUGAUAAUCAGGACAUCCAAGACCCAGCAGAGGGCGCCGACAAAUCUGACAAAGGACAUGCAACUUUGAGUCUGGGAAUGGACCUCAACCUGGACUGGAUGACACUGGACGACUUCCAAAAACAUCUCAAUGGGGAAGAUGAGAUCCUUUCUGGUCCCCCACUAUCACCAAGUGAGUUGCGGGAUGCUGUAAAAAGUGGAGAUUACAUGGCUGUAAAAUUAGCACUUAAUUCCAAAGAGGACUACAAUCUGGACCAAGAGGCUUGUACUAUGGGUGAGACGAGGUCAUUUGAAGCAGAGAAGAGCUUGAUUGAAGAGAGAAGUUCGAGUGAUCCUCUUAGGUUGACUUCUAACCUUGGCAGCGGGAGAAAUGAAGAGGGCACUCCAGAUGCAAACAUUAAUUUUCCACAAGAUUUGGACUUUCUGAUAGCUGGGCAAAAAAUUAAUAAUCUUACUUCUAAUACAAAUUCUGAACAAGUGACAUUUGGUGAUCAUAAAAACAUCAAAAACAGUGGGCAGGAUGUAACUGGACUCAGUGACACUGGUUGUAAUUCAGCUACUAAGCAGGAUGAUCCAGGAAAGAAAAAACAGAGGGUCACACGGGAAGGCCAGAAGUCUGACAACCUAGAGAAUGGUUUAUCAAGCAAAAAAGGUGUCAACGUUGAUCAUCCAACUCAAACCACAACUACUGGAAUGGUACUGAGAAAGAGAAAAGAACGAAAAGUAGUGCCUACAAAACAAAGUUCAAGUGAGGAAGAAAAAGACUCAAAUGACGAGGCUGAGGAAGGUCAGUCUGACAACUCAGAUCAAGCUCUGAACAAAAAGGGCAUUGCCAAAACACAGUCACGGCGCCGCAGGAAAACUGUGGAGAGGAAACAACCAACACGAUCCAGUUCAAGGGCUAGUAAGAAAGUCACUGAAACAAAACCUAGUACAGAUGAUGAGGAGAAAAAGGACUCUGGCAAAAAGCACUUCUGUUUGUACUGCAAGCAGGCUUUCACCCAAAUUGCAAAGCAUUUGGAAAGGAAACAUGCAGAAGAAGCUGAUGUGUCCCAUGCAGUCCACUUUCCCAGAGGAUCCAAAGUCAGGCAGAAUCUGCUUGAUCAAAUCCGGAAUAAAGGGGAUUAUGAACAUAAUUGCAAAGUUCUCAAAAGUGGUGAGGGGGAAAUUGUAACUAAGAAACAGGUGAAAAAUCCAAGCAUAUCUGUCCGUGAUUACCUGCCUUGCCAACACUGCUUUGCUUUCUAUCGCAAAACUGAUUUAUGGAGACAUGAGCGUUCAUGCAAGGCCAGAAAAGGAGAGCAGAAAUCCUCUGAGAAGACAAAAAGAACCAGUGUACACAUUGCUGCCUCUCGGCUGCUUCCAAUGUCAGAGUUCUUAACUGGAGGCUGUGAGGAAAUUAUCCACAUUAUGCACCAAGAUGACAUCUCGAGGCAUAUCAGAAAUGACCCACUAAUUUGUAAAUAUGGCAAUGCUUUGUCUGCAAAGUAUGACCAUGACAAGUCUCAGUUUGCUUACAUCGCUCAAAAGAUGAGGGAACUAGGUAGGUUUGUGCUUGCUGUGAAUGAGCUUGACAAGAGCGUGAAGUACUUGCAUGAAAUAUGCCUGCCGUCCAGAUUUGAAUUAGCUGUUGAAGGGGCCAAAAAAGCUAGUGGUUUUGAUCCCAGUUCCAGUAAGUUUAAAACAGUCUCCCUGGUCUCAAAGAUUGGCUAUUCUUUGAAACGAGCAGCAGAAAUAGCUUUUGGGGAAAGUCGCAUGACAGAGGACAGUGAAACUGAAAGUGAAGUAAAGACGUUCAUUCAGCUUCUUGAUACAAAAUGGAGUGAGUGCUUUUCUCGCAAAGCCCUCGCAUUAUCUCUAAAGCAAGAAGUGAAGAAAGUGGAAAUAGACAAAUCAACACUGACAGAAGAUCUGGUAAUACUCCACAAGUUUAUCAUAGGGGAAGAAGAUGAAGCACAGAGAGAGCUGAAAGAAAGUCCUAGUUUGUCCACAUGGAAAAAGCUCAGCGAGGCCACUCUGGCAGAUGUAUGUCUGUUUAACAGAGGAAGAGUUGGAAAUAUUGGCAGAAUGCUCUUGAAACCUUACACUCAAAGAAAGAGUAGGGAGACAUUUGUUCUUUCUGCAGAUCAAAUAAGAAGAUGCACAAAAUUGGAGCUGGACCUUGGUGCCAGUUUCACAAGAGUGGAACUAGAAGGUCAAUAUGGGAGGAACAUGCUGGUACUGCUCACAGAAAGGAUGGUUUCAUCAAUCAAACUGAUCAUUGAAAACCGAGAACAGGCUGGUGUGGCAAAUACCAACCCAUACCUGUUUGCACGGACUGAAGGUCCAUCCUUUAUCAGGGGACUGGAUUGUCUUCGAAGGGCUGCAGUGGAAUGUGGAGUUAAAAAUCCAGAAGCCCUCCUGUCCUCAUCAUUAAGAGAGCAGAUUGCCAGUUGCUGGCAGCUAAUGAGCCUCAGUGAAAAUGAAUUGGAUCGAGUGGCCAAACUGGUGGGUCGGAGCAGCCAGGAGUGUUAUGGGCUCUCAAAUAAUGCAUCGCAGCUGGAGGAAAUAAGCAAGCAGGUUCUCAAGCUGGAUCGAACACUGCCAUCGGGUCAAACCAGCACUACAACAGAUGGAGUAAAAGAGGACUCUGCUCUUCUUUCUAUCUUCUUAGGAACUCCACAAAAGCCUCCUUUGAAGAGAAGACCUUGGAGUGAGAAGGAGCAGGCAGCAGUGAAGCGCUACUUGAGUGCAUUCAUCACAGCAAUGAAGGUUCCAGGGAAAAAGGACUGCAAUGCUUGCAUAGCAGCUGAACCAGAUCUUUGUGGAAGAUCUUGGACAGAUGUCAAAAACUAUGUGCACAACACGCUACAGACAGUACGGAGGAGAAAUAAGUCUGAUGGAAAUACAAAUGAGAGUCCAAAAGCUGUUCCUGUCCAAACACCAAAACCAGAAUUGGAAGACACAAGCAUCUGUCCUUUGACAACAGUUAAUCUGGAUCACAUAAGAGAAAGUCCAACUUGUUGUAUGUCAAUGGCGCUGCCAACCAACAUGAGAGACUCAUCAAUGUCAUACUCACAAGACAUGACUCAGAGUUAUGCUACGUUGUGUUCCACCAGCACAAAUUUGGUUCAUUCAAGUCAACAACUGAUUUCUACUUUCACACCGUUAAACUCUACUGACACACAAGUGGUGCCUACAUAUACCCCACACAACACUACAAAUUCGUUAAUGUCUCCAGCAUACACAUCAGAAAACAACAUGAUGAUGCCAAUGUCUUCUGCUUAUACACACCAUAAUGCAAAUAUGCCACCACCAUCAGCGUAUACACCACAUGACCCGACAAAUAUGCAUAUGAUUCCAAAUUAUACCACCUUUAAUGCCCCAAGUAACUCAAUGGGUCCAACUUACACAUCACUAAACACUGCAAGCCCGCCAAUGAUCCCUGCGUACUCAACACUGAAUGACAGAAGUAGGCCUGUUGUUUCUUCAUUCACACCUCUUAACCAUCCAAGUACACCCCCUUACCUCACAAACCAGCCUAGGGAUCCUACAAUGGCACAAGUUGUCCCAACGAUCCAAAGACCCAACAUUCCUGAAAGAACACCGGCAGUUCAGGAAAGUAAAGCCAAGUCCUCUGCAGGAAAACAAGCCACUUCAGCUGUGAAGCCUCAAAAGAGGAAUAAGAGGCUGUGGAGUGAGGAGGAACAGGCAGCAGUGAGGCGUCAGUUUGGAGACUUCUGUAAACUGAUGAAAGUCCCAGGCAAAAAGGACUGUGAUGCAUGCUUGGCUGCAGAACCAGCCUUGAACACUAGAACAUGGAGGGAAGUCAAAUACUUUGUACAUAACUCAAUUCAGUCCUUGAAAAGAAGAGGGCAUCCAGUUGCCUCCAAACAAAUUGUAGAACCAGAACCAGAAACACAUAAUCCAAAUCCAGAAUGGGAUGGUCCUGUCUAUCUUUCACUGUAAAUAUUAUCAAUGGACUUGUUAUAAGUGAUAAAAGAUCAGUGAAACCCAAAGUGUGUAGGGACUGUGACUUUACUUUAAGUUACAUCGGGCUUGAAAAUUCAGCAAAUGUGAAAUGCUGUAAAAUUUACUGUCCGUUAACAGUGGUCUCUGUACCCUUAUGGAUCUUGACAACAGUUACAGACUGCCAUUUUAUUCUUUCAAUCACAAAAUUUGCUAAAUUAUUCUAAACCAAGUCUGCCAACCAAGCUAUUGGUGUGCUGUUGCAUGAAUAUACACUAAAAAGGCAGAACUGAGGAAGUUUUAAAUGUAGGUUUUCUCUAAUCAGACAGGUAUUGAUGUGUUAUAUUGUUAGAUUGCAGUAACUGUUGUAAGUUGGCCAUAUCAUCAAAGGUUGUCUCUUGAAAUAUAAAUGUGUGAUUGAUCAUUUUAUAUAUGUGAACCUCAUUUUGCCUUGAUUUUCACUUUCCCACAAGCCAGUGGUGGUGGAAAGUUGCCAAGAAGGCCUCCAAAAGCUAGUCCAGUAACAUUAUUUUUAAAAAAUGUGCAAGUGGCUGAAUCAUUUGGAACUCUCCAUCCACACUGACCAGGGCUUUUCCCACCCUGAACCGAGGUAAACUAACUGUAACCACUCAUUUCUACAGGACUUUUACUCUUCUUAACUUCAAAACUUCCUUAGACAUCUGACUUUUAGCCUGUGCUGUUUUCAGUAGCAUUUUUACAAAUUUUAAUAAAAUAGAAAACCUACUUAUAAAUCUUUGCAUCCAGUCCCUGCUACAUGACAGAUGUGCUUUGACUUGCUUUCAUAAUUCCCAAACGCCCGACCCAAGUGUACUAUAUUCCUGCUUUAGCCAGUAGCCUUUAGUGUAGACGGCCCCUGAGAUCAUGCAGCAGUGAUGGUGUAAUUUCCUUGCUGAUGUCAGAUAAUUAGGAGCUCUGUUUAUAUACCUCUUACUAAACUUUAGAAACCUAUUUUUUUUGUUGUGUUCAGUUUUAUAAAUGUUCAUUAUCCUCAUUUGUUUGUUUGUUUGUAUAUACAUGUGUGUCAAACUACCGAAAGGCUUUUUUAUCAUUAUACAGCAACUGUGUAGAAUAUUUUAGUACUUAAUUAUAUUUUAUGUACUCUAAUUUGAGGUAACAUUACACUGCAUUGGUUAUUGUUGUGUCUCUUUAUUUCAGUUGUUAUUAUCUGGAGGUUUUGGACAUUUAAAUCCAAUUGCCUGGACCCAAUUGCCUUAUUAUGUUGAUUAUUUGCUGUAUCAUUUCUGUUUCUCUGCCUGUCUAUUUUAUGUUGAUUUUGUUAAACACAUGGCAUAGAAAGUAAGAUAAUUUUGUGAAUGAAUCCACAGCUGAGGAUUAGAUUUUUUAAUAUAAAUAAGUUAACUGUAACUACAGACAUUGUAAAAUUAUGGCUCUCAAAGGUGAAGAAGAUGUUAUGCAUUUCUAAUUCUCAGAAUGGGCACAGAAUCAUGAGAUCUUUGUUGUACCAGAAGAGCAAUGGUCAAAAGAUGUAACUUUUGAAUUCUGCUUAGUGGAUAAGAUGUUGAUUGAGUCAGUCUUUUCUAGAUAAAUCAUUUUUAUCCGAAAUGUUGUCAAAUAACUCAAAGUACACAUUUCAUUUAAAGUGCACAUGUAGAUGUGUCCAUCACCAAACCUUGUUUAAGGUUUAUAAUUUUUGUCUACAGGUUCAACUUGCAUCAAUAGCAGCUGCUAAUCUCUAGCCUGGUGGCCCAGUCUGAGUACAGUUUGGUAUGGUUCGGUACACUAAACCCCCAAAAUAGUUUGUGUUGCCACAGACACCUGUACCAUCCUUUGGUGGGUGGACUGUAGAGGGUAUGCAUGUGACGUCAGGCAGCACAAGUCUGCUGCUCAAGCCACUGAGCUGAAGAAAGGUUGAGAAAGAUGAUGAUCAUGAUGAAAAAAAUCAGUGGGGAUUAGGCAGUAAAUAACUUUAUUUCAACUGAAAACUGCUGUUUUUUUACUAACUACUCCUUUGCUAUGUUAACCUAACCUCAAUCAGCAAAGAUCAGCUGAUGGAAUAUGUGUAAAGACAUGUUUUGAAUUGUAAAGGUACAUUAAUAAAGACACUAGAUGAAGCUGGGCUAUUACGCAAGCAUUUGGUUAGCAAUGAAUAUAAUCUGAACUCAACUCUAUUCUCCUUCCUUUCUCUAAGAAAACUAAGGCCUUAAAUUUCAGCAAAUCAGCCAUACGGUAAAAUAAUAUCUAACGUGACGAUGCAUCUAAUGACAACAGAUUAUGCUUAUAGCUGCAAGAAUAAUCCUGUGAUGUGUGAUUAACACUGAUGGUUUUAUAGGGGGACUUUAAAAAAAAAAUUGGCAAGUCCAUCAACAUUUAUCACAGAUUAAAUAAAUUAGCCAUUGUGAAUUAACAUGAAUUCUGUUAAGUUAAAUACUGAAGUUAUUUGUGUGACACAUUUGAAAAUAAACGUAUGGUUUUACAGCUGUUAAAAUCUCUUUCAAAAAAGGCUGCACCAUAAAGUUUUGCAAACAGAUUCAGCAACCACAGAGCAAUCUUUUCACAGGUUACUUGAGGUAACCAAUAUGGGAUGUGUGCCUUCGGCCUCUGCUUGUACGUGGAAUUACUUGAAAUCUGAUUUGUGGCCACAUAUCAAUGUUCACGGCCCAGGAAACAGUAUGGAUCUCUGUCGGUCCAAGUAUCCCUAAUUUGAGUGGAUAGACUGUUAUUCUCCUUUUUUCAUCCACUCCUCAUAGAGCAGACAGACGUGUUUUUGCAGCCCAGCUGGGAAGUCGUGUCGUGCUGAAAAUGAUGUCUGUGCAAACCCCUAUUGUGUGUAGCUCCACCCUUUUGGGACAGAAAGGUGAGCUUGGCACCCCCUACAGAAGGGUGCCAACAAAGUGGGAUAGUAUGGGUCUGAUUAUUGGGACUCUUUCAAACUUCUGAUAAUGUUAACUCAAAAAUUGCAUACCGUGCUGUACCAAACUGAACUUGACCACUCAAUAGAAAUAACCUAUAUGUUACCACUAAAGUCCUCAUUCAAAGGGUUGUCAAGUUUUAUUUUCAGAAAGAAAGUGCUUUUACAGUGAUUAUGCAAAUGAAUUUUGGACCAUCUGUUUUAUAAAGGUAGAUGGUUGUAGACGUCCACAACUCUUUUUUGUUUUUGUAUGUGUGAUAAAGUGGUGUGGAAGUUAUGGUCAAAUGUCCCACAUAGAAAUACUGCUAUUUUAUAGACAAGAGAUUUUGUGUUAUCCUUACUAGCAGCUGUGUUGAGCCCAUGUAAAGUAAAUCGUCUUCACCCUUGCAUACCAAAAAUAAAGCGUCCAACAUGAAUAAAACAAACCCUCAAAUUGAGCCUGUUGCAGACCAGGAUGAGUUAAAGGAGAUGGCUUUUCCUCGUCACUGCUUCCUUUAACCAGAGGUAUAUCUGGUUGCGGUAUAAGUAGUUGGAAAAUGAAUCAGUUAAAGGUAUGAAAACAAUCAUUCAUACACUUGUGUCACCCCUCAAUGUUGCACAUCAACUUUUUCCCUUAGAUCACUUUCUUUCAUUGCUGUUGUAUAAGCACACAAUCUGUAUUACUCUUCAUCCUGUUGUGAUCACGUUGCCUUCAGUUAAUGUUUCUUAUCAAGUAUUGUGAGACACUUCUGCUUGUACAAUAAAUUGCCUCUUGGUUUAAAGCUU